UCUCCAUGUACUCUAUACAGUUUGCCAGCUACUCUAAACUCGCUUAGGAGGUACGUGAUAAAGCCAAGUUGAUGCACAUCGCCGUCUCCUCACCACAUGUUCUCCACAUAUCAGCUGUUCACUCGAGUUUGAAGUGAGUACACGCGUGAAUAACAAGCUCUCCCCACCACCUUUCGAUACAAACAUGGAGGAAAGCAAGUUGCCAAGGACGAAAGUGGUCAUCAUCGGGGCCGGAGCAUCAGGGUUAGCCGCCGCAGAUGCAUUACUUAAAAAUGACUUGAAGGAUUUUAUGAUUCUUGAAUCGUCGGAUCGCAUUGGUGGGCGUGUUCAUAGCAUAGACUGGGCCGGAACGGACAUUGAACUGGGAGCCCAAUGGAUUCAUGGUGAAGAAGGGAACGUAGCUUGUGAAAUUGCUCUGGAGCAUGGGAUCCUGGAAGAUCCAAAAGCUCCAACAUUGGAGGAUAUUGGCGAGGACUUUUUCGACAGUCACGGCAACGAAUGGGAUGAGCAACUUGUUGAAGACAUCGAAGCCAUUUUUGAACAAGCCGAAGAUGACCUAGAAGAGCGUCCCGUCCAAUCGGAGGAGAGUAUUGGGGAUUACUUUGAGCCCAAAAUUAAAGAGUUGGUCCAAGAUCGAGAUGAUACCUUUCGGAAGCACGUGUUCAUGUACUUGGACUUUUACCAUCGCUACCAACAAGCCGUCGAAGCCUGCAAUCAUUGGAAUCAGGCCAGCCUGUACAGUGGACAUCGGCUGUACGAGCUUCCACCCGGAAAAGAGUCAAUUGCUCUUAAAGGAGAUCACAAGAUGAGCGAUAUUUUGGACACAUUCUUAAGCGACGAGCUCAAGAGCAAAAUCGCGAUUGGCUCUGAGGUGACUCAAAUAAGUGAGGAUGAAUCCAAGGCUGGUUACAAAAUUACGACCAAAAAUGGCAAGACAUUUCUUACGGAUGCUGUUUUAGUCUCGGUAUCCUUGGGAGUCUUGAAAGCUCAUCAUCCAACUUUGUUUAGUCCUCCGUUGCCAAAGGCAAAAGUUGAGGCCAUUCAAUCGGUAGAAUUUGGCACUGUGAAUAAAAUCUACUUGGAAUUUGAACAUCCUUGGUGGUCUCCUGAUGCUGAAGGGUUUGGCUUCUUGUUUGAAAACGAUUCAGACUAUUCUCUAACCACGUCCAAAACAGAUUGGACACGAUCCCUUCUCGGAUUGUAUCUGGUGGCAAAUCGACCCAACAUUUUGUCCAUGUGGAUCAGUGGACAUGGAGCUCGCUAUCUGGAAACGCUCUCGGAGCAGGAUUCGCAGCGAGAUACGAUGAACUUUAUCCGGAAAUUCCUCCACAAGCUCUCGGAGCAGGAUUCGCAGCGAGAUACGAUGAACUUUAUCCGGAAAUUCCUCCACAAGAAAUAUCCAGAUAUUCCUGAGCCAAGACAUUUUUUGGUAACCAAAUGGAACUCAAACCCCCAUGUUUGCGGAUCUUAUUCAUUCCUGAGUCCACACACAAUGAAGAAGGGUAUCUUGCCCGGAGAUUUGGCCUCACCGGUUGGAAAGAUUCAUUUCUGUGGCGAGGCCACCAGUCCUCACCAUUUCUCUACACUACACGGAGCCAUUGGUUCUGGAAUACGAGCAGCUAAUGACAUUUUAAGGCAUUUCUAAAAGACGCAUAUGUUUUCGAACAAUUGGUGGUCGCUCUUUGUAGGAGGCGGGAUAGAAAACAGUUUUCAAGGCACAUUUUGUCACUAUGCCAACAAUGCAAGCAAUUCUAGCAGAAUCAAAGCCCAUUUUUGCCAUCGGUCAUGUCAGCGACACUUGUUAGAAUAAAUGAAAUCGGUUCUAAUUCGG